CGCACACUACACUUCCUGCCCGAUGCAAAGAGUAGAGCGUUGAUGGGUCAAACUUGAGUCAACUUUUGCGUCUUCAGAGCCGAUCUUAGACAAUUUUAAGGCAGAGAGAUGUGGAGAACGUUGAGUGUGACGUUACUCCUGACCAGCCUGGUAGGAGGAGACGUGUAUCUCCACAACCCUCGUGGCUCCAACAACAGGCUUAACGAACGGUCUGCCAACAGACAGAACGCCAAUAGGGUCUUCGACUCGCAGAACAACAAUCGAGGAGGUUACAAUGUUGGAGACAAGACCAACAAUGCCUUCAACAAUGAGGACGGACAGUUCAGAAUGACUUAUUUCCAGAGCGGCCCCUAUGGCUGGGAUUCCUCAAACAAAGAGGACAAAUCUGGGCGGAGUUUCCUGACUGUGGAAUGGACCAAUCAGCAUGGCUGUGGGGGGAACGCAGACUCCGACCCCCACAAACAGAACUGUCAGGUGGUCCUACAGUACAUGUGUCAGGACAACAUCAACUCUGCUACAGGAACUGCUGACACCCUGCGAAACGGGCGUACUACCCAGACCCAGGACCACACCCCUGCUAACAACCUGCAGGAGACGAAGGCACAGGCCAACAGCCGUAAGAACAACAACGUGAAGACAGACCGCGCCAUUCAGGAGCCCUGGCAGUGGUACGACAAGUGCUACAACAGGGAGAGGAACCAGGGUCUGUUUGUUGCUGACCAGAUUACCCGCCGUAACAACAAUGGCUACAGCUCUGCAAUCCACACGAGACAGAACCCUAACGGGAACCGGCGCGGCUACGAGUGUCCAGAGGAGAGAGAUCACUACCCCUACUGGCACCCAACACCAUGGAGAGAUAUUGCUGUACUGACUGACAACAUCACCAUGUGCGACUACUACAAGCGUGAGAGUGCAAACUCAGCAGCCAAGUACGAGUGUGUGGAGUUCUAUAACAAUGCCAGGACAGUGAAGAAACACUGGUCACGCUGGAACAACCAGCAGGACUGUGAGGACAACGGUGGGGAGUGGAGGGCUUACUACAGCUAUCUGGAGAAGGCACCCACAGUUUCCCAGGCAGACUGUCAGGGGGAAGGGCGCAGCGGGCUGCGGUACGUGUACGGUUACCCCGAGGGCGAGGACAGCGACACGCAGACGUGCCUGGUUCUCCCACCGGCGCCUGACUGCCAGCCGGCACCGUGGAGCCGGUCCAACCACCUGGGGAACAGCAGGGACGGGCAGGCCAGUAACUACACCUGGGUCCUGCCGUACUUCCCUUCUGGGAACACCAAGAGAUGUGUGUUGAGGGUCAGGUACAACAUCUCAACAGAUGACUAUGAUCCUUGGCAGACUGAUGCAGCCUACAACCAAAACCUACAACUUGGCCUGCUGUCCCCUGUACAGCAGAACCCGACAGUAGACAUUGGUGCUGAGUACUCCCCACUCCGUCUGGCCAUCAACACAGCACAGUUCGGCAGGACCUUCCAGGACCGGAGCCACGUGUUCCUGUUGAAGCCUCGGCCCAGCGGUCUAGAGGGCCGUGCCAUCCACAACCUGAACGUACGCGGGAAGCGUGGGAACAUCGUGCAGGUGUACCCCGCUGUGGAGUACGACUUUGUUCCCGCCCACCUGCACAUGGAGGAGGGAGACCUGGUCCACAUACAGUGGGAAGGGUCGAACAGUCACAACAACGGGAACCCUGCUGGUGACGGCCAGGCAGGAGACGCUGGGGAGGGCACAACUGGUACAGACCGUAACAACAUUGUUCAGAUGAGAUCUCUGCUGGACAACUUCCCUGCUCCGUUUGAGAACUCCACCAUGUGGAACAGUGCCCGGGUGUGGUGGCCGGCUGCACCCAAGUAUGGACUGGCUAAGGACCUGGCUGUGGCUUUCGCCAGCUCAGGAUACUACACUUGUUUCCAUGCGGAAGUCUGCCACACUGAGUCAGUGGAACGGAAAAACAAACUGGACAAGCUUCUCAACAACGCGCCGGCGUCAUUCGAGGGGGCUCUUCUGGAGUUCCGGAAAGGCACCUACCACUACAUGUGCACACGGAACAACAACUUCUCCAACCGCAGCCAGAAGGGAACCAUCCACGUGGUGGAGGGGACAAAGUCAUCCUUCACAGACAACGACCUGCCUUGAAACUUGCCAUUAAACUUCAUUUGUUUGUUGGUAGAUAACAUAGUAGAGAGUUCAAACUUUGUUCCAACACAUAAAAUUAGCACAUAAAAAUUUUUGACCCUCCUAUUGCAUUCUUCCUCACUUUUGACUAGUCCUUUGGUCCCUUGGAUUCUCUGGACGACUGCAGAAGAACUGCAAUAAAGAAUUUGAUGCGCUCAUUUUUUGUGUUGGGACACAAAAAUUUUAACUCUGUACUAGACCAGCCUUGGUCUUUGUCAACCAGUUUAGUCAUACAUUACAUUAUCAUUAAUCUUACAUCAUUCUGUGUUUAUUUUGUAUAACAUGACACCGUAAAGGUUUGUUUGUAUUUAUUGUAACUUGAUUACAAAGUUAUUACACAAAAUGGACCAGCCAGUAUGACCUGCCUCAACAUGAAAUUUGUGAAUUUUUCAUGCUGUAAAAAUCUGCUUUACAAGUAGGUGGUGUACAGUUUAGACUGGGACUAAAAACCUAUGCCUCUCAGCUUUAGAGCUAGCCAUUCCACCACCAUUCUGGUCAAUUGUAACCUGUAGCAGCAGGUCUAUAUAUAUGUGGCUUUUUUAGUAUUAUAUAAUCAGUACAUGACAAUGUUAUCACUGGCAUCAUAAUCAAGCAUUGCAUUUCAUUGAACUGUAAUAUUGUGGAGAUGCUGCUAAUUGUAACAUCUAGAGGCCUUAUACCUAUCCAUAUACUGUUGCUAGCUGCUGUACAAAGUGCCUGUUCACAGAAUUAGUAACUAGAAAUGUUUUCCUUUACUUUUGAUAUCCCGAUGUUUUGUACUGUACAUUGUAUAUGGGGUGUUUUGCAAUAAUGGUGAAUAUAGAUGUUAUGAUAGAAGUACAAAUGUAUCUUUAUAGUAUAUUAGCCUCCAUAAGACUUCGGAGCACAUUUGAAUGGUGAUAUUUUGUGCUGAUUGUGAUUGUUUGUUCUGAUUGGCCAUUGUUUAUGAACUGAAAAUGGCAAAAGUUAUUUGCCUGAUGGUGGAAAAUGUCACUAUUGAAAUGCUUGUUCGUCAUCUGUGAAGGCUUGUAUACCUAGAGACAAUCCUUGGUGUAGACAAGUUGGUGUCUGCUGGUUCAGACUCGAUUGGAAAAUAAAAUGUGUUCAUGUAAAAUA